AUGCUGCAGGGGGUGGUGCCGGCUGAGGCCCCGUGGUCAGAGCAGGCCAACCCGUGCCCUGAGACCCCCUCCUUCGAGGAGCCCCUCCUGCCCUUCCGGAACAAGGAGGCCCAAGAGAGUCACCCGGUGGCCAAGCUCUGGGGCCCCGUGCCGCCCCGAAUUGCUGUGGCUGUGUCACUGCCUCCCCGCCCUCGCAUCUGCCGCCCUGGGGGCCCAACCAGCUGCGAGGAGUCCCUCAGCCUCUGUGAGCGGCUGGCGGAGACGCUGUGGCUGUUGUGGCAAAGUGAGUGGCAGAGGCUGCGGCUGCUGGUCCCCACACCACGGCUGGUGGCCCUGGCCGUGGCCCGGCUCACAGAGCUCCUGUCACCCCUGCAGGAACCAGAGCACUGGGGCCGGACGGAAUCCGGGCUCUGUCCCCCUGAGGCUGAGGAUGAGACCAUGGCUGCCCUGAGGUGGCCCGGGCCCUCCCAGCAGCCAGGUGACCUUCGGAGAGCUCCCCACAUGGCCUGGUCUGACAACAUCGAGCAGCCAGGCCCCCGGGGGAAGGCCCGCAACCACCCGGUGUGGUCAGAAGGCGAGGAGGCCAAGGAUGGGGACAGCUCAGUGUCAUCAGGCCGCCUCUCCGGCUCCUCUGGGGGCCAUGAGCCCUGCACGUCUCCCCCCGGGCCCUGGAAGGAGAGGCCCCCCCAGGUGCUGGGGCCCCGGCGGCAGCCCAGAGAGAGCAGCCCACGGCUGGAGCUGCUGAGGGACAGGAUCCGGGCCCAGGCCCAGUGGCAGGCCAGCUGCGCCUCCCUGGGCACCUCUGCCCCGUCCAGCGCCUCACGCCUCUACAGAGCCUCCAAGCCAGACGCCCAGAGGAAGGCGGGGAGGCCGAAGAAGGCCCCUCCGGCCCCGUGGGAGGCCCUCGGGCCCCUGGCUUCCGCCGCAGGCUUAGGUGCCCCGAGGGCAGCUCCGUGCCGAGUGAAAGACAAGAUGAUCCCCGGCCCGGGGUGCAAGCCCUCCGGGGUCCCUCAGCGUCAGGCCUCAGUUCCCCGGGAGAAAGCCAAAAGGCAAAGUAGUUCUUGCAAGAGAGAGAAGACCCCCAGAGCGCCUGUCCCCCGGGGAGCCGCCAGAAACCAAGAUUCUGAGUUGGUUGGUGUGCACGCCUGGAGGAAAGGACCAGCCCUGGCGAGGGCCCUCCUCGGGCCCGCUCCUGCCCUCCCCAGGCUCCAGAACAAGGCUCCCUCCAGAGACCAGCCCCCCACCGUGGACUUAGGAGAUAGCAGGAAAGUCAGAGCGGCCGAGAGCUCACCUAUCUGCCCCCAGAUGCCCAGCCCAGCCUCUGUCCACCAUGACCCGCCACUGUCCGCCAACACACCCCACCUGGCUUCCUGCGAUCAGCCUGUGACCAUCCAAAAUGCUUUGACUAUCCUUAGAGACCUCCGCCAGCAGAUCCAGGCUGGGCUGGAGCUGGCCCGGCAUCGCCACCCCAGCAGAGGGCUAGAGCUAGGACGGUCAAACCUGUGGCUGCAGGACCCAGCAGGGAGGAGGCAGUGGGGCCCCUGGAGCACCCCAGAUGUGCGGGGCUCCUUCUCGAAGAGUCCUCAAGCAGGGACGAAAGGGAGGCGCUCCUCCCCAGACAGUGCCGGCAGCUUCCCCACUGGACAUCACUGGAGCACCCUGGCUGGACGGGAGUCCUAUCCCCAGCCGACUGGAGCGGCCCAAGGGCGGAACCCCUCCUUCCAGGGGCCUGGGAGCCCCCCCGAGAGGCUGACCUCCUUGCCUCACCGGCCCUGGAGUGCCUUGGCCGGGCAGGCCUCCAGGACCCAGCGGACUGGAACACACCAAGGGCGGAACCCUUCCUUCCAGAGGCCCGGGGGCCCCGCUGAGAGCCUGACCUCCUUGCCCCAACAGCCCGGGAGCGCCUCAGCCAGGCAGGCCUCCAGGUUCCAGCAGACCUGGGCCACUUAUGCAGACUGGGAGACCCCUGUGCGAACACCGUGGAGCCCUUGUGGCCCACGGUCCUGGAGCGCCUCCUUCCCGCAAGGCGCCAGCACCCUGUGCAAGGCCAGAGGCUCGCACCCGCCGAUCUCGGAGACGGAGCACAGCUGGCUGAGGCCUGCCGGGGGUGCACCUGGGAGGGAGAAGGAGGGGCGGGUGCCGCCGCCCUGCCCGAAGCCCCGGGGGGCCCUGGGCCACCCCUAUAGUGCUGAGGCACUGCGGGAGUUCAUGCGCCAGAAGACUCAGGCCCGGCGGCGGCAGGCCUUGGAGGAGAAGGCCUCGGCCGUGCGCGCCCUGGAGCUGAGGAACCAGCGGCUGCAGGACGUGUACAGGAAGCAGCGGGAGGCCAUCCUCGGCAAGGCCGUCCCUAUGGUCUCCCAGACGACCCCCGGCAUCGUGACCUUCUUCCCGCACUGUGCACAGUCCAGGGGCCUGGAAGCUCCCGGGAGCCUAGGGUCACCUGUGCUGGAAUGGAGCAAGGUGACCUCUGGCAUGGUGCUGGGGGACCAGGAGGCCCCGGGCAGCUUCUGCCUGUGUUUGAACAGAGCCUUGAACCGCUCUGAGACUCUAGAGAUGGGCGGCCCCCGGGACAGCUGGGAUGGUGCCCCCAUGCUGAUAUCCUCCCGCUCCUCCCCGGGCCCCCUGAAGCUCCAGGACCUGACCACCCGCCCCCCGCGCCCAGGCAUGUGCAUCUACCUGGACCCUGAGGAGAGCGAGUGCCUGGGCACCCCAGGGCCCCUGCAUUUCCGCUAUAAACAGGCCCGGCUGCAGGCACUGGAGACCAUGGCCAAUGUCCUGAAGCAGCGGAUCGACAUCCUCACAGCCAAGCUACACAGGCCGGAGACACCAGAUGCUCUCAGGGACCCAGUGUCAGACCCCCGCACUGUGCCUGCCGCCCCUGUCUGCUCGGGGGCCCUGAUGCCCGACGAGAGCAGAGGGGGCCCCUGGGACUGGGCUGACGAGCCGGCCAGGACGCUGGUCUCUCCCACCUGCUUCCUGGACCACAGGCCACUGCCGUGGAGCCCCGACUGGGAGAGGCGGCAGAGCGUGAGCCCGAGAGGCCACCACUACAGGGAGUCCCAAGGUUUCAUUGAGGACGGGCGUUUGGAGCUGGAUAAAAGGCUGGCAAGAAACACGGCUUCCUUCCAGACACUCGGUCCCUUCAUCGGGAGCUCCCUUGGGGUGCCAGCAGUGCUGGACCCCACCAGCGGCUCCCUGCGGCUGGAGGACGUGCCGGCGGCCAGAGGGGCAGGCUUGCUCACGCCCUGGACCGUGCGAGGCUGCGGUAAGGGCGAGCCCGCGGACAGGCCCUGGGCUGGCUGGUCGGGUGGCCGGGGAGUCCGCUGGGGACCCCCUCCACUGCCUGAUGCUCUGGUGCGUUCCUAUGGGUUAGAGAGAUCCUUUUCUACGUGGAGAGCGUCCACGCAUCAGUAUUAA